UCCGUUUCUUUGGUCUUCAAAAGCUUUCCCUAAUCUAACACGCUCCGUUACGUUUUCUCCUUUACGAAAAGCUCAGCAAAAACAGCUUUAAAGCGAUUUUAAUGAUGACUUGUGCGAGCUCCGAUGACAAUGACAGUGAAAAGGACAAGGACUCGGAGUCUUUCGUGGAGGUCGAUCCGACUGGUAGAUACGGUCGGUACGGCGAACUUCUUGGCUCAGGCGCCGUCAAGAAAGUCUACAGAGCCUUUGACCAAGAAGAAGGCAUCGAGGUGGCUUGGAACCAAGUUAAACUGAGAUGUUUUUCCGACGAUCCAGCCAUGACAGAGAGGCUUUACUCGGAGGUCAGGUUGCUCAAGAACCUUAAGAACAGUAACAUCAUCACCCUCUAUAAGGUGUGGAGAGACGAGAGAAACAACACCUUGAACUUCAUCACCGAGAUCUGUACCUCCGGGAACCUCAGAGAGUACCGGAAGAAGCACAGACACGUCUCUAUGAGGGCUUUGAAGAAGUGGUCGAAACAGAUUCUCAAAGGCUUGGAUUAUCUCCACACUCACGAGCCUUGCAUCAUCCACAGAGACCUCAACUGUAGCAAUAUCUUCGUCAAUGGCAACAUCGGCCAGGUCAAGAUUGGUGAUCUAGGUUUAGCUGCAAUUGUGGGGAAGAACCAUUUAGCUCACUCCAUCCUCGGGACACCAGAGUUCAUGGCUCCUGAGCUAUACGAGGAGAACUAUACUGAGAUGGUUGACAUAUACUCGUAUGGAAUGUGCGUUUUGGAGCUUGUCGCACUCGAGAUUCCUUAUAGCGAAUGUGAUAGCGUCGCCAAAAUAUACAAAAGGGUGAGCAAUGGCCUCAAACCAGAGGCUCUCAACAAAGUAAAUGAUCCCGAAGCUAAGGCAUUUAUUGAAAAGUGCAUCGCGCAGCCGAGAGCUAGACCUUCUGCAGCUGACCUCCUCUGCGACCCGUUCUUUGAUGGGAUAUUAGAUGAUGAUGACGAAGACUGCGAAAACAAUGACAAUAAUGGAGCUUGUCGCAUUUCGAAGAAUCCCACAACAGGUCUCAUUGAGGUCAAUGCCAGUCUGGAUGUGUAUUUACUAUCAGACGUCUGGAAUGAAAACGAGACCUCUUCCUUGUUCGCUGUUAACGUAAACGUUAUAUACGUCAAAGGUUGGUUUCGUGGCACGCCAAGAGAUUCUACGCCGUCCCAUGGACUUAUCCGGUUCACUUUCCUAUGUUCUUUCGGAGAGUUUCUUAUACCAAAUACCGAGAUACCAACGAUCCUCAUUCGGGGAACUGUACUCAGUUUUGGUGUUGAUCCGGUCUUUGGCCUCGCCACGGAGCUUCUGUUUGUUGGUUUCCUCCUCGGUCUAUCCAUCAUCGAUUUUCUCCUGCUUCCGGUUGUUCGUGUGGCGGUUGGGCUCGCCGUGAGUGGCUUUCUUCGGUUACGGCGUGUCACCUCUGCUUGUGGAAGGACGUUGGUGUCAGUUUCGUCUUCCGUCGCUGCUAGUUUGUAGCUCCUCGUCAGGUCCCUUUUCUUUGUUCCGGUGGUUCGAUAAUGGUGUUUUCAUUUCUUGUAACAGUUUUUGGAGGUUCUCAUGUUUAUGCUUCAGAUCUACCAUUUGUUUUUGAGAGUUUUGGCUCUCUGUUUCCGGAGGUAUAUGUCUCGCCUUCUCUUUUGAUGGGUUUUGUUCAUUUCUCCUUUCGGUUAGUUGUCUCUCAGUGGAUUGUUCUCUAGGGUUUAGUUCCUUUUCUUUCGGUGUCCUUCAUUGGUCGGUGUAACUUGCCUUUUGGGAUUGCUCUUUUCAACUCGACGGGUUCCUUUGUUGUGCCCCUGCGUUUGGUGUCCGGAGUUGGGAUUUCUUUUCCAAU